AACCUGAUAAAAGUCUCGCAGAAAGAGAUAAUAGGCAAGCGCGUUGAAAGCUUUGUGCAAUUUCUGUCAAAAGUUUGCUGGGUCUUUUUAUAGAACAUAAAAUAAAUCUUUUUAUCGGAUUACAUUAAGAGUUUUAAUAUUGCACUCUUCAUUUUAGGAAUAUAUUGUUGAAGUGUCAAAGAAAUAACGAAAUCAAGUGCAGAAAGUACAGUUUACACGUCAUUGUCGUAGUCUAUUGUCGUCAUCUCUGUGGAGUUCAUGUCGAUUGAAAGAUAACGAUUACUGCUCGUAAAAUACGCUUGACACAUAGUGGACACUUGUAAAUAUUAUAUAACAUUAUUCUAACAAGUUGGCAUUGCAUUCUAUGUUACUUGUCAUCGAUAACCAACAACAUUGUACGUGAUUUCUUAUCUUUUGAGGUUAAAUCUGGCUUCUUGUCACCACGGGCGCGGAACAAUCAGCUAUGUCCAUCUCUCAGAUGGAGAAGAAUUUAUUCAAUUUGAAGUUUGCAGUGAAGGAGUUAGAGAGGAAUUCGAAAAAAUGCGAGAAAGAGGAAAAAGUGGAGAAGGCUAAGGUCAAGAAAGCGAUACAGAAGGGUAACAUGGAGGGUGCUCGUAUCCACGCAGAAAAUGCAAUUCGGCAGAAAAACCAAGCCUUGAAUUAUCUUAGGAUGAGCGCCAGAGUGGAUGCAGUAGCCAGUAGAGUACAGACUGCAUUGACAACUCGCAAGGUGACUCAAUCUAUGGCUGGUGUCGUCAAAGCUAUGGAUGCAGCUAUGAAAUCAAUGAAUUUGGAAAAAAUCUCAGGACUAAUGGACAAAUUUGAGAGCCAGUUUGAAGAUCUAGAUGUGCAGAGUUCAUACAUGGAAAAUGCAAUGUCGCAAACCACAACUACUAAUGUACCUCAGAAUGAUGUAGAUACUUUAAUGCAGCAAGUUGCAGAUGAAGCUGGACUGGAGUUAAAUAUGGAAUUACCAUCUGGUCAAAUGGGCAGUAUUGGCACUUCAACAGCAGUCAGCCAAGAGCAGGAUGAGCUGACACAAAGAUUGGCACGACUCAGGGAGUAAUAGCACACUACUUCAAUGUAUCCAUUAAUAUAUUCUUUAAUGUAUAUUUUGUUAUUCAGAUAGUUUAUAAAGUAUAUAAUUGCUGAUUGCUAUAUAACUACACUAUAUUUUAUCUGGUUUGUAAACCUGGAUACUAGAGUUGAGGUAAAUGAAAAAGAUAUAAAAAAUCUUUAGAUUUAUAGUAAUUUAAUAGUUCACAUGCACCACAUACCAGGGCUUUAAUAAGAUACUAAAAAAGUUGCUUCAAUUAUUAUACUGAAGAUCUUUGGAGUAAAGAAUCUUUAGAUGGUUGGUUUUCCUUAUUUUGCAGUUCAAAAUUCUCAUAUUUUGAAGUUUUGAUAGGACCAUCAAUAUAAGACAGUAUUCAUAUUAAAAUGAGUUUAAAUUAUUACCUAUUUUAUUGAGGUAUGACUGAGAUUUCUGAUAUUUAUUUUUCUAAACAAAAUUGGAAAAAAUCAAUUCUCAAUUAACUUUAUUGAUCAGUUUUAUGAUAUAUUAUUUUUUAAAUUUUGAAUCUACAUUUAAAGAGCUUUGUACUAAUGUACUUUAAUUACGAAAUGUUAACUCGCAAAAAAUGCUGUAAAGCUAUGUAUUGAUUAACUUUAGUUUUGUGAUCAACUUGUUAAAUUUUGUACUAACAUAGAAAGAACAAAAUACAAAUACGUUAGAUGCUUUCUGCUGUUGUACACAUUUACACAUAAUAAUAAAUAUUAGAUAAAAUUUGUAA